AUGGCAGGUCGCUUCUUCGCGUCUCCCGCGCUUCCGCCAGGCUCCCCCGAAGCGGGAUACUGCAGCGCUCCCCCCGGUUACGUCUCCGCCGAUGAGCCCGGCUCGGCGCGCAUCCCAACGGUCAGCUCGCUCCAAGACCGACUUACAGCCGCUCCAGAAACCGCCAGCGGCCACGUGUCAUUGGGCAAGGCGAGUAAGGCUGCGGAAUCGUUGGCGCCAAGCGGGAAGUCGGGGGGAAACGCGGAAGGGGAAGGCGGAGCAGCCAGAGGGGAACAGUUGGCGGAGGAGGAAGCGGAUAAGGCGGAGGAUGCGGGGACGGAUGAGGGGGAGGAUGGGGGGGAGGAUAGGGGGGAGGAUAGGGGGAAGAUGGACGGAAGUGGCGAGCGCAAGGGGCCAGGCGAAGGGCAGAAGGAGGGCGGGGUAUUGGGGAAGUCGGGGGAGGGGGGGAGUGAUGGCGGAAAGGGGGGGAGCAGCGAGGGCGAGUGGUGCGAGGCGCUGGGCGGGGAGGUUUGUCUGGUGGCGUGCAGGCGCCCGCAGCUGGUGGCGCGCAGUGAGAGGGGGCGGGGCGCUGUUUGCGUGAACAUCGAUGAUGAGCUGGAGGGGCGGGGCCUAUCACGGCGGGUGGUGCAUGUGUGCAGCAGCGCGCCGCACAAGAAGGCCAACGCCGCCCUGCUCCUAGCAGCGUAUCUGAUUCUGCGCCAUGCCAUGCCAGCCGAUGCUGCCCACGCGGUGCUGCGCCCCUUGGAGCCGCUGCCGCCCUUCAGGGACGCGUCUAACGGCGUGUGCACGUUCCAUAUCACCGCACUCGACUGCUGCCAGGCACUGGAGCGCGCGGAGGGAGCAGGCCUGUUGACAGGCUUCAGCGUGGGCGAGUACGAGCGUCUGGAGCAGGCAGACCUCACGUGGAUGGUGCCGGGGCGGCUGCUCGCCUUCAGCACGCCUGCUGAUGACCCCGCUAGCGUCAUGGAGGGAUACCUGACGCCCGAGGACUAUGUGCAGUACUUCCGCCAGGCAGGCAUAGCGGCCAUAAUCCGCCUCAACAGGCGCGUGUACGACAAGAGGCGAUUCACCCGCCAUGGCUUUGCCUUCUACGACCUCUACUUCCCUGAUGGCGGAGCCCCCUCGGAUGGCAUAGUGGAGCGCUUCUUCGCCGUGGUGGAGGGCAGCAACGGGCCUGUCGCCAUCCACUGCAAGGUGCCGUGCUGCUCCCUUACCCGCUUCUCUCUCCUGCUUCUCCCGUCUGUUCCACUAUCUGCAUUGCUGGCUUGCCACGCCUGCUGCUCUGCUGUGCCUUGCCAGGCACCCCUCUGA